AUGAAGCUCUCCAUCUUCUUCGCUACCCUCCUCGCCGCCGCCGUCUCGGCCGGCUCUGUCCUUGAGGCCCGCGACACCUGCGGUUCCGGAUACGGCGGUGACCAGCGCCGCACCAACAGCGCUUGCGAUGCUUCCAACGGCGACAGGCACUUCUGCGGCUGUGACCGCACUGGCGUUGUCGAGUGCCAGGGCGGCACAUGGACCGAGAUCUCGGACUGCGGCAGCGGCACCUGCCACGGCGGCAACGACGGCGGUGCCCAGUGCUAG